UGGACCUCCAACCAAACUUCAACAUCAUAAAGCUUCACCACUUUCAAUAAAUCAUCGAUCUUUCAGGUCUUAACAGCUUUACACCUUCAAGAUCUUUGUCUUGAUGUGAUAAUCUUUCGUGUUCCUUUCUUCCCACGCAAAAAAAAGUCUUGAGUUUUUAGGGUUUCACCACAAUUUGUCAACGACAUGGACGAAGAAUCUGCAUCUAAUGGUUCAAUCUUCAGAAACUUCGAAGGAGAAGAGAUGAUGGGAAAAGUAAUCCUCUUCGCAAUCGUCUCACUUUUCACAGCGAUUCUUUUCCUCCUCUUGCUUCAUCUCUACGCUAGGCUCUUCUGGUGGCGUGUAGAACGACAUCUCAACCUAAACCUAACCCAACCCGGCAGUCCUGGCUCCACAGUCAUCGGUCGUAACAACCAACGACGUCGUUUCGUCUUCGCUCAAGGUCAAGAAGAUCCUCCUCGCAACACCGGUCUCGACUCUACGACCCUCCAGUCCAUCCCGAUCCUUGUUUUCAAGUCUUGUGACUUCAAAGACGGGCUAGAAUGCGCCGUUUGUCUCUCUCAUCUCGUUGACGGGGACAAAGCUAGGGUUUUGCCGGGGUGUGACCAUGGGUUCCAUGUUGAUUGCAUCGACAUGUGGUUUCAGUCUCAUUCUACUUGUCCUCUCUGUAGAAACAAGGUUGGUUCUGUGGAAGAGACAAGAUAUCGAGGAAGUGAGGGUUUGUUGUCUCAAAAUCAAAACUUUGAAUCUGGGCAUGCUCAAGAUCAGAGCUAUGUUCUUGGGUUUCCGACAGAACAUCAGAAUUUUCCGACAAAUGUACUAGUUUGGGGAGAUAACAAUCAAGUUAGAGGUGCAAGUCUUGUAGUUACCGAAGAUCUUGGUUCUCAUGAUCAUCAACAUGAAGCUACUAGUACUAAUAAUUGUAACAGAGCACAAGAAGUCACUGCGGUUGUGGUGGAUAUUCCAGUAAGUUCAAGUGAGAACUUAUCGGAGAGAAUCGAAGAAGAUGAAGAAUCAAAGUCGCCGGUGUUCACAAGGUUAAGAUCACUUAAGAAGUUGUUGAGUAGAGAGAAGAAAGGUGUUGCUUGCAUUCCUGGUUCAAGCAGUACCAAUAUCAACAAUGUUUGAAAUAGUAGCUAAUCUUGAGUACAUUCAAGAAUUUAUGUUUUGGUAUGCUUUACGAGAAGUGUGACAUAUAUAGUGUGAUUUAAAUCUACAUCACUAGAGAUGAUGAUUCAAAUAUGGUUGCUAUACAUUGGAGUCAAAUUCUU